GUGUGUGUGUACGUACAGUAUAUGUGUGUGUGUGUGUACGUACAGUAUAUGUGUGUGACCUCUGACGCUCCCCUGCAGUCUGGUGUUCUGGUUUGGGGACCUUAACUUUCGCAUUGAGGAUUACGACACACAUGUUGUGAAAAGUGCAAUAGAGAGCAGCAAGCUUCAAAUGCUCUGGGAGAAGGACCAGCUGAACAAGGCAAAAGCAUGUGAGGCAGUCCUGCAGGGCUUCCAGGAGGGACCCCUGAACUUUCCUCCCACUUACAAGUUUGAUGUGGGUACACACACCUACGACACCAGCACGAAGAAGCGCAAGCCAGCCUGGACAGACCGCGUGCUGUGGCGUCUGCGGGCCGCCGGCUCACCUGGCCCAGCCCAGCCACCCACGGUGCGGCGUGGUCUAACGUCAUGGCUGAGCCCCGGGCUGAGGGUCACGCAGCGUUCCUACCGCAGCCACAUGGGCUACACCUGUAGCGACCACAAACCCAUCAGCGCCGUCUUCUCCCUACAGUUUCCCUUUAAGAUGGAUGUCCCCCUGGUAACUCUCUCAGUCGAUAAAGAGUGGACCAAGGUGUCGGAUGCCUCUGUUAGCUUCCAAGUGGCCUCGUCUUUGUCGCGCAGCACAUGGGACUGGAUUGCACUCUACAAGGUAGGAUUCAGGCAUCCCAAAGACUACGCCUCUUACAUCUGGACCAGGCAGGAGGACUCUGACCAUCAGUCCCAUGAGCACAAGGUGACAUUUUCUGAGGAGGAUUUGCCUAAGGGCUCCGGGGAGUACAUGCUGGGUUACUACAGCCACAACCUGAACAGCAUUGUGGGACUGACGCAGCCCUUUCAGAUGCAGCUUCCGUCUCAGAGCCCGGCACUCAGCCGGAAGGGCAGUUCGGCCAGCAGCACGGAGGAUGACAGCACGCUAGAGCUGCUGCCCCCGCAGUCGCGCAGCCCAAGCCCCGCAGCCGCCAAGACGCGCCAGUCCAGCCGCAGCCGCAGUCCCGCCCUGCCCACGCUGCAGGGCCUCGGCCUGCGGCCCCGCCCUCACUCCCGUGACACCGGGCCUCGCAGCCCCUCCCCACGGGCCACCACCGCCUGGAAGGAGCGGCUCCUUUCCCCCGAUAGCCCCACAGCGCCCCCUCCUGGCUGCUCCCGCUCCGGCCCACCGGGUACCCCAGUUAUUGAGGUCAGCACCCCAGAAGCGCUGAUCGCUGCCAUUAUUCCACCAUCGGGCCUCUUGGGAGGGGCAAAAGUGGCAGGAGAGGGCGGGAAUGUGAGCCAGUGAGGGCUGGAGCCAGUGAGAUGCAAGAGCCCCCCUUCACUGGAGCCAGGCCCGUACACUUCAGCCGUGCAGCAGUGACCAGGGGGGGUGGGGUUUUCAGAACAUUCUCAGCAACCUUUGUGUGUGUGUGUGUGUGUGUGUGUGUGUGUGUGUGUGUAUCCAGUCUGCUGACAUACACUGUGCAAUCUCCAAAGUAGAAUAAUUACGUUUAGUUGCAGACAUUUUGAAAUUACACACUGCUGUUAGACACAUCAACAAAAGCCUAAGGAUGUAAGGAUCAAUCAUAGAGAAGCUGCUUCCAGCAAAACAGAAAAUCUGCUCAACAUAUACAAUGUACAAAGCCAUAGAGGCAAAUAUCAAAACGAUGGGAGGAGGGUGAAAAUGUCCCCCUCAUUGGCUGAAGCAGCAUCUCUGAUUUGCUGCAAACCAAUCAGAUAUAUAUCAGUUGCCAGGGGAGUUUCUGAUUGGCUGCAGCCAGCUGGUAUCUGUGUUUAUACUGGGUUUCUCUUCAUUUUCAAGUGUGUUUUGGUAUCGUCGUACAGCACUAUGGGUUAUAUCAAAGGUGUUUCAGUCACCUGUGAUGCACUGUUGUUUAUUAUAACAAUUGUCGCCUUCAUAUCUGUUACCCUUUGUUUAGCUGGUAUUCUGACACCCAAAGCAGGCUGGCAGGAAGACGAUGAAACAUUUCAACUUGCUGUUCUUUUGUCUCAUACAUACAUAUAUAUAUAUAUAUUUAUUUAUUUGUUAACAGAAAAAUAUAGUACGAGAGAAUAUGUUUCCAGCAUUUAUAACACCUGUAAAAAUCAAUGAGAUAUAAGAAUCUGACAUUAAAUAAAGAUAUUUAUUGGCCUUUU